AUGAGAAACUCCAGACCCAUCAUUCUGUUUCCCUUGCUUUGCUUUCUCUCCUCCACCAUCUCAAUCUUAUGUGAGCCAAACACUUUGGUUUGCAAUCAAAAAGAGAAACAUGCCCUUCUAAGAUUCAAGAAAGCUCUCUCUGAUCCUGACAACCGGCUCUCGUCUUGGUCUGUCAAUCAAGAUUGUUGUAGAUGGGAAGCAGUUCGCUGCAACAACGUUACAGGGCGAGUGGUUGAGCUCCAUCUCGGUUAUCCAUAUGACACGGAUUAUUUAGAAUUCUAUAGCAAGUUCAAGUUGGGUGGUGAGAUUAGCCCUGCCUUGCUUGAAUUAGAAUUUUUGAGUUACUUGAACUUGAGUUGGAAUAAUUUUGGAGGUAGGCCAAUUCCAAGUUUCCUGGGUUCCAUGGGGAGUUUGAGAUAUCUUGACCUCAACCAUGCUCGAUUUGCUGGACUAGUUCCUCAUCAGCUUGGAAAUCUCUCGACUCUUCGUCACCUGGAUCUGGGAUAUAACAGCGGGCUGUACGUUGAGAAUCUUGGUUGGAUUUCUCAUCUUGCUUUUUUGAAGUACCUAAGCAUGAAUUCGGUCGACCUUCACAGGGAAGUCCAUUGGCUUGAAUUCGUGUCUAUGCUCCCUUCUCUUUCAGAGCUGCACUUGUCCGCAUGUGAACUUGAUAGCAAUAUGACUUCAUCUCUCGGGUAUGCCAAUUUCACAUCUCUCACAUUUCUUGAUCUUUCUGCGAACAAUUUCAAUCAAGAAAUACCAAAUUGGUUGUUUAAACUCAGUAGUCUUGUGUCUCUACGUCUAAUAUUCAAUCAAUUCAAGGGGCAAAUUUCAGAGUCUUUAGGACAACUCAAAUAUCUAGAAUAUCUCGAUGUUUCUUUGAAUUCCUUUCAUGGCCCUAUUCCUACAUCCAUAGGAAACUUAUCAUCCUUGAGGUAUUUGCGUCUUCUUGGAAAUCAGUGGAUUAAUGGCACUCUUCCAAUGAGUCUGGGACAACUCAAAUAUCUAGAAUAUCUCGAUGUUUCUAACAAUUUCUUUCAUGGCCCUAUUCCUACAUCCGUAGGAAACUUAUCAUCCUUGAGGCAUUUGGAUCUUUCUAGAAAUCAGUUGAUUAAUGGCACUCUUCCAAUGAGUCUGGGACAACUCAAAUAUCUAGAAUAUCUCGAUGUUUGUUUGAAUUCUUUUCAUGGCCCUAUUCCUACAUCCAUAGGAAACUUAUCAUCCUUGAGUUACUUGGAUCUUUAUGACAAUCCGAUUAAUGGCACUCUUCCAAUGAGUCUGGGGCUUCUAUCCAAUUUGGAGUAUUUAUAUGUAGGAUGGACUUCCUUAACAGGGACCAUAUCAGAAGUGCAUUUUACAGCACUCUCAAAAUUGAAGGGCUUGUCGAUAUAUGGAACAUCUUUAUCUUUCCAUGUGAACUCCAGUUGGACUCCUCCAUUCCAACUAGAGUAUCUGGAGGCGGAUUCCUGUAAAAUGGGUCCAAAAUUUCCUGCGUGGCUACAGACACAAAAGUCUCUUUUCUAUCUAGACUUCUCCAGGUCUGGAAUUGUGGACACAGCUCCAAACUGGUUCUGGAAGUUCGCUUCAUACAUCGAAGUCGGUUGCCACGUCUGUCUCCGAAUGUUGUUACGUUGA